UUGAACCCAAUGGAACUAAAUAUUUUAAUUAUCUUACUUUUCCUAUAUACGCUCAGCUUAGGAGGAGGACAAGUAAGUACUGUUCUCCCUGAUGCUAGCGCAGGGCAAGCCUCUGCAGUAAGUACGGAACUCCCAGAUUCUAACCCAGUAUGCUUGGCCACCGAGUGCUUUGAAAAUAAUAAGAGCUAUUUUGGAAAUGAUAUAGAAG